AUGUCGGACCAACACCGCGAUGUAUCUCAGUACAAGUACUCGGCCAUGUCCAACCUGGUCCUCCAGGCGGACCGUCGUUUCGUGUCGCGACGAAACGAUGAGGCCACUGGCGAUCCCGAGUCUCUCGCCGGUAAGCUGAGUAUUCGCGACAUGGGAGCACGCGUCGCGCGCGACUCGGCCCCGAAGCAGAAGAAACAGACCGGUCUGCCCGAAAUCGAACGCGGAAGGUUACAGGAGGGCGAGGAUGUGCUGCUGCGCGAGCAGCGCAAGAGGAAGAACGAGGCGGCGCAAGCGAGGGGAACAGGUGUCUUGGGAACCGGAGACCUGCUCAUCGAGGGCAUCAACUAUCGUCCGAGAACGGCAGCGACCCGAGCCACAUACGAGUUGAUCCUGAAGAUCGUAUCCGACAAUCUAGGCGACGUGCCCCAGUCAACCGUCUUGAGUGCUGCGGAUGUAGUCCUGGAAUACCUCAAAGAUGAUGACCUCAAGGACACGGAAAGGAAGAAUGAAGUCGACGACAUCCUCGGUGUUUCAAUGAGCCCCAAAGAGUUCAACGAGCUCGUAAACCUGGGAAAAAAGAUCACAGACUACGAUGCGCAAGACGAGGACGAGGACAUGGAUGCUAACGCAGCUGAUGCUGACGGAGCCGAAAUGGACGAGAGACAGGGUGUUGCAGUCGUCUUCGAGGAUUCCGAAGAUGAAGAGGGCGGCAUCGUCAACGAGGUCCGAGAGGAGUCUUCUGAAGACGAGGAAGCUGACGAGGAAGACGAAGACAAGGAAGCUCAAGACGGUGCCGACAAGGAGGACAUGGACGACGAUGCCAUGAUUAUCGAUUCGGCGCCGAAGAAACAAGCACAAGACGGCAAGCCCACGAAAACUGUGCCCGCAAGAGAUAUCGACGCGUUCUGGUUGCAGCGACAGAUCGGAAAGCUGUACGAGGAUUCCCACGAACAACACGAUAAAGCGACACAUGCCCUUCGCAUCCUCUCCGGCGAGCCAGAUGAGCAAGGUGGAGAUGAAAAAUCGCUUCGCGAAAUCGAAAACGACCUCAUGGAGCUCUUUGAUUACGAACAUCAUGAACUGGUCCAGCUGCUCAUCGAGAACCGGGAGAAGGUUGUAUGGUUGACCCGCCACUCAAGAGCUGAGACGGAAGAGGCAAAGGCUGUCGUGGAGCGUGAGAUGGCUUCGGAGGGCCUCCAGUGGAUUCUCAACGAGAAGUUCGGGAAGAAGACGGAUGAAAAGCGGAAGAUGGAGAUUAAGAUGGACAUCGACAACACGUCAUCACUUAACGCACCCGCACCCGAACCAGAACGCCCUCAGGGCUUGGUCGGUGGGCUGCAGCCGCGGAAACUGAUCAACCUGGAGAACUUAGUGUUUGACCAGGGCAACCAUCUGAUGAGCAAUCCCAAGGUCCGGCUACCUGAGGGCUCAACAAAACGGACCUUCAAGGGCUACGAGGAAAUCCACGUCCCUGCGCCCAAGAAACGCAACGAGCCAGGCGACUCUCUCAUUCCCAUCACUGAUAUGCCCGAAUGGUCCCGUCUGCCUUUCAGCACUGCCAAGUCUUUGAACAAGAUCCAGUCCAAGUGCUACCCAACAGCGUUCGGAGACGACGGCAACAUGCUUAUCUGUGCUCCCACUGGUAGUGGAAAGACGAACGUGGCUAUGCUUACCAUUUUGCGAGAGCUUGGCAAGAACCGCAAUUCUGAGACUGGUGAUAUCGACCUGGACGCCUUCAAGAUUGUGUACAUCGCUCCUCUGAAGGCUUUGGUUCAAGAACAAGUCGGCAACUUCGGCAAGAGGCUUGAGCCUUACGGCGUCAAGGUAUCUGAAUUGACUGGUGAUCGACAACUCACCAAGCAACAAAUUGCUGAAACCCAGAUUAUCGUCACCACGCCUGAGAAGUGGGACGUCAUCACGAGAAAGGCGACAGAUAUGACUUACACGAACUUGGUUCGUUUGGUUAUUAUCGACGAGAUCCAUCUGCUCCACGACGACCGUGGUCCGGUUCUCGAGAGCAUCGUCAGUAGAACCAUUCGCAAGACUGAGCAGACUGGCGAGCCUGUUCGUCUGGUUGGGUUGUCCGCAACGCUGCCUAACUACAAGGAUGUCGCUAGCUUCCUCCGUGUGGACAUCAACAGCGGCCUUUUCCACUUUGACGGCAGCUUCCGUCCUUGCCCCCUGCGCCAGGAAUUCAUUGGCGUCACGGAUCGCAAGGCCAUCAAGCAGUUGAAGACCAUGAACGACGUCACCUACAACAAGGUCAUUGAGCAUGUUGGCGCCAAUAGGAACCAGAUGCUCAUCUUCGUUCACUCGCGAAAGGAAACUGCCAAGACUGCCCGGUACAUCAGAGACAAGGCGCUCGAGAUGGAUACUAUAAACCAGAUCCUACGUCACGAUGCCGGUAGUCGUGAAGUGCUCAAUGAGGCCGCCAGUCAAGCCACCGAUAAGGAUCUGAAAGACAUCCUGCCCUACGGUUUCGGUAUCCACCACGCUGGUAUGAACCGUAUUGAUCGUACCGAUGUCGAGGAUCUGUUUGCUAGAGGUGCUAUCCAAGUUUUGGUCUGCACAGCCACCCUCGCCUGGGGUGUCAAUUUGCCCGCUCAUACUGUCAUCAUCAAGGGAACCUCGGUUUACUCUCCAGAGAAGGGUAGCUGGGUCGAGCUUAGUCCCCAGGACGUCUUGCAGAUGCUUGGUCGUGCCGGUCGCCCGCAAUUCGACACAUACGGAGAAGGUAUCAUCAUCACGACUCAAAACGAGAUCCAGUACUAUCUGUCACUUCUCAACCAACAAUUACCGAUUGAGAGUCAGUUCGUCAGUCGCCUAGUGGACAACCUGAAUGCUGAGAUCGUGCUCGGUAAUGUUAGGAGUAGAGAUGAGGGUGUCGAGUGGCUUGGCUACACGUACCUGUUUGUCCGUAUGCUGCGGUCUCCAGGUCUUUACCAAGUUGGUGCGGAAUAUGAAGACGAUGAAGCUUUGGAACAAAAACGAGUCGACCUCAUCCACUCCGCGGCGACGGUCCUCAGAAAGUCAAAUCUCGUCAAGUAUGACGAGAAAACCGGAAGGCUCCAGUCAACAGAACUUGGUCGCAUCGCGUCGCACUACUACAUCACCCAUGGUUCCAUGGACACCUACAACAACCUCAUCCAGCCGUCCAUCACGACCAUCGAGCUCUUCCGUGUCUUCUCGCUCAGCGCAGAGUUCAAGUACAUUCCAGUUCGCCAAGACGAGAAGCUCGAGCUUGCCAAGUUGCUAGGCAGAGUUCCCAUUCCGGUCAAGGAGAGCAUUGAGGAGCCUCACGCCAAGAUCAACGUGCUUCUGCAGGCCUACAUCUCACGACUCAAGCUAGACGGCCUUGCUCUCAUGGCUGAUAUGGUCUACGUCACUCAGUCUGCUGGUCGUAUCUUGCGCGCCAUCUUUGAAAUCACCAUGAAGAAGGGAUGGGCGUCUGUCGCGAAGACCGCACUGGACCUCUGCAAGAUGGCUGAGAAGAGGAUGUGGCCCACAAUGUCGCCACUCCGCCAAUUCCCCAGUUGUCCAAGGGAUAUUGUGCAAAAGUCGGAGAGAAUUGAGGUGUCUUGGAGUAGCUACUUCGACCUCGAUCCUCCUCGCAUGGGUGAGCUUCUCGGUAUGCCUAAGGCCGGUAGGACUGUCUGCGGGCUGGUUGCCAAGUUCCCCAGGGUUGAGGUACAGGCGCAAGUUCAGCCGUUGACCAGAUCUAUGCUUCGAGUCGAGCUCAGCAUUACGCCCAAUUUUGAGUGGGAUGUUGAAGUUCACGGCCCCGCAGAGAGCUUCUGGGUUUUCGUCGAAGAUUGCGAUGGCGAGGAUAUCCUCUUCAGCGAUCAAUUCCUGCUUCGCAAGGAGUACGCUGAGUCCGAAUCCAACGAGCACAUCGUUGACUUUACGGUUCCGAUCACGGAACCCAUGCCUCCAAACUAUUUCAUUUCCGUCAUCUCGGACCGCUGGAUGCACUCGGAAACAAGACUACCCGUGUCCUUCCAUAAGCUGAUUCUGCCCGAGAGGUUCCCUCCUCAUACCGAGCUUCUCGAGCUUCAGCCGCUGCCUGUUUCCGCCCUGAAGGUCAAGGAGUACACCAAGCUGUAUCCCAGUUGGGACAACUUCAACCGCAUUCAGACACAAACCUUUAACUCUCUUUACAACACCGACCAAAACGUCUUUGUUGGUGCGCCAACAGGCAGUGGCAAGACUGUGUGCGCCGAAUUCUCGCUUCUGCGUCAUUGGUCUAAGCCCGAUGCUGGUCGCGCCGUCUACAUAGCACCCUUCCAGGAGCUGGUUGACUUGCGCCUGGAUGACUGGCAAAAGCGACUGAAUGGCCUGCGUGGCGGCAAGACUAUCGAGAAGCUCACAGGAGAGACAACAACGGACCUGAAGAUUCUGGAACGUAGCGACCUAGUCCUCGCCACCCCCGUUCAGUGGGAUGUCCUGUCUCGCCAGUGGAAGCGCAGAAAGAAUGUUUCGACCGUUGAGCUUUUCAUCGCUGAUGAGGCUCACCUUUUGGGCAACAACAUGGGUUACGUCUACGAGAUCAUUAUCUCGAGGAUGCACUACAUUAGAACUCAAACGGAGCUCCCCAUGAGGAUCAUUGCUCUGGGUGUCUCUCUUGCCAACGCUCGCGAUCUUGGAGAAUGGAUUGACGCUAAGAAGCAUGACAUCUACAACUUCAGCCCGCACGUUCGACCGGUUCCCCUUGAACUGCAUAUACAAUCAUACACCAACCCUCAUUUCCCUUCGCUGAUGCUGUCAAUGGCGAAGCCGACAUAUCUGGCCAUCACUCAGAUGUCUGCUGACAAGCCUGCCAUUGUCUUCGUGCCGAGCCGGAAGCAGACGCGAGCCACUACCCGUGAUUUGCUGACAGCGGCGUUUAUGGAUGACGAUGAGGACCGCUUCUUACACGCUGAGCCCGAGCAAUUACGACCCCUCCUUGAGCGUAUCAACGAGGAGGCACUUGCUGAGGCCCUUUCCCACGGUGUUGGGUACUACCACGAGGCCUUGAGCCAGAGCGACAAGCGUAUCGUCAAACAUCUGUAUGAGCACGGUGCGAUCCAGGUUUUGGUUGCUUCCCGUGACGUAUGCUGGGAAUUGAACAGCACUGCUCAUCUCGUCAUUGUCAUGGGCACGCAAUACUUCGAGGGUCGUGAGCACCGUUACAUCGACUACUCCCUUAGCGAGGUGCUUCACAUGUUCGGCAAGGCCCUUCGCCCCUCCAAGGACGGCAGAGGUCGUGGCGUCCUCAUGCUUCCAGCAGCGAAGAGAGAUUUCUACAAGAAGUUCCUGAACGAAGCGCUCCCCGUCGAAUCACACUUGCAUAACUACCUCCACGACGCGUUUGUGACCGAGAUCAGCACCAAGAUGAUUGAAUCUGGUGACGAUGCCAUCAACUGGACGACGUUCACGUACUUCUACAGGCGGCUUCUCGCGAACCCAAGCUUCUACAGUUUGACCAGCACGACAGAGGAGGGACUCAGCGAUUACAUGUCAGAUCUCAUCCAGACCACCUUGCAAGAGCUGAGCGACUCCAAGAUCAUUGAGCUUGACGAGGACGAUGGUUCAGUCGCCCCCCAGAACGCAGCCAUGAUUGCCGCCUACUACAACAUAUCCUACAUCACCAUGCAGACAUUCCUUCUAUCGCUGAGCGCAAAGACAAAGUUGAAGGGUGUCUUGGAGAUUAUCACGUCAGCUACCGAGUUCGAGGCGAUCCAGAUCAGGAGACACGAGGAGGGUAUCCUCCGCCGCAUCUACGACCGCAUCCCCGUCAAGAUGUCAGAUCCUGUUUACGACUCGGCGCAUUUCAAGUCGUUCGUUCUCCUUCAAGCACACUUCUCUAGGAUGCAGCUGCCAAUCGACCUUGCGAAGGACCAAGAGGUCAUCAUUUCCAAGGUGCUCAGCCUGCUGAGCGCCACGGUUGACAUUCUCUCAUCGGACGGUCACCUCAACGCCAUGAACGCCAUGGAGAUGUCACAGAUGGUUGUGCAGGCCAUGUGGGACCGUGACAGCCCCUUGAAGCAGAUUCCUCAUUUCACGCCUGAGGUCGUCAAGGUGGCCAACGAAUUUGGUAUCAAGGAUAUAUUUGACUUCAUGGAGGCGAUGAACCCCGAGGAGAACCCUGACUAUGCCAAGUUGAUCAAACGUCUUGGGCUUAGCCAGAACCAACUGGCUCAGGCUGCGGCGUUCACCAACGACAAGUACCCUGACAUUGAGCUCGAACACAGCAUCUUGGACGAGGAGGAUAUUAGGGCCAAUGAGCCUGCUUAUCUAAGUGUGCACAUCCAGCGCAACGUCGAUGAAGAGGAGGAAUUCGACCCCACUGUGCAUGCGCCGUUCUACCCGGCCAAGAAGCUGGAGAAUUGGUGGCUAGUCGUGGGCGAAGAAGGCACGAAGAACCUGCUCGCAAUCAAGCGUGUCACAAUUGGCCGCGAGCUCAAGGUCAAGCUGGAGUUUACAGUCCCGACAGCUGGUAAGCAUAACUUGAAGUUGUUCCUAAUGAGCGACAGCUAUGUCGGAGUGGACCAGGAGCGCGAGUUCUCCAUCGAAGCCGCGGAAGGCAUGGACGUGGACGAUAGCGACGAGGAAGAAGACGAUGAGUAG